GUAUUUCGUGUCGUUCGCCCACGGAUAACUCGUCCAAACGUUUCACUUUUCUCCCUCGGCUGCCGAAAUUCGACGGGGGACGGUACUCGUUCGCGUGCGACCGCCGCCGCGUGUGCAUCGACUCUUCCUUUUCACUACGCAUCCUCGCCGAGCUUUUCAUGAGUGCAAUCGUCCCGCGGAUACGCCAGCGGGUCUAUUUCGCCGAGGAUAAGCACGUGAGACCGAGGGACGAAACCCAGACCUCCCCAGAAUUGAGCACAGGAUGACGUUCACGUGCUGGGAAGUCUUAUCCCUGGCUGUGUUGGUAGUGAUUGGGCUGAGGGUCCUACUGAAACUUAGCCUGUUGGUAUGGAAGAAGCUGAUCGCGCCCAAUUUCGGUUUCGGAAUCGAUCUGACCAAGCAGGGCAAGUGGGCAGUGAUCACCGGUUCCACAAGUGGAAUCGGAAAAGCCUAUGCCGAGCAACUCGCGGCUAAGGGUCUGGACAUCGUCCUGGUCUCUAGAUCUCUGUCGGCACUCGAGGAAGUCGCGGCGGAGAUCAAGCAACGAUACGGCGUCGAAGUUCGUAUCGUGGAGGCAGAUUUGAUGGAUGGACAGCCUGUCUUCGCGAAGAUCGCUAAAGCCACCGAGGAACUCGAGGUCGCGGUGUUAAUCAACAAUGCCGGGGCGAGUAGCGAGCAUCCUGAUUUAUUCACGAGCAACACCGAGGAGAGUAUAGAGAAAAUCGUAAAGUUGAACGUGUCGGCUACGACGGGAGUCGCGAGAGCGGUACUUCCGAAAAUGUUCGAGCGCAGGAAAGGAGUCCUCAUAAACAUAAGUUCGGCGUUGGCAGUGAUACCAAGCCCUUACUUGACAGUUUACGCGGCGAGUAAAGAGUACGUGGUAAAAUUCAGUUACGAUUUGGCCGCAGAAGCUGCCCGCAACGGUGUCACCGUUCAAUGCGUGAUACCUGGCCCAGUGGCAACGAAGAUGUCAAAGAUCAAAAAAGCAACAUGGAUGGCCCCGUCCCCGGAAAAGUUCGUGGAAGCGUCGUUGAAGACUGUCGGCAUCGAAUGGUUAACAACUGGAUACCUGCCUCACUUCUUGUUCACCGCUUUUAUACAAACAUUGCAUUGCGUGUGCGAAAAGGGCGCGAUAUGGUUGAUCUCGAAGCAAAUGUGCAACAUAAGGGCCCGCGCUUUGAAGAAAAAGAACCAAGCGAGUUCCAGCGAAAAGGAACCGCUCUCGAACUGAUCGUUGAGUUUCUCGUACUUUUAUUUGAAAUUCUCCAUUUUCAUCUUUUCCUGCUUCCCUCGCUGGAUCGUAUCGCGAACAUUGACAUUCUUUUACCGGGCAGAGACGAGCACAAUUUCUAUCUAGAUAAAAGCUUUGAUUGAUUGCAAUUUUAUUCGUUAGAUGGAAUCGUCUUUCGAAUCGAACGAAGACGCGAUUAACCUGACAACUAUCCAAUUAGGAUAAGCGUUGCUAAUAAAUCACUAUGCGGUGUUUUUAUUGUUCCCUAUGAAUUUCGUUCAUCUUUGCCAGGUUUUUAGCGUGUUGAUCGUCAGGUGCGAGGCAACGAAGAUCUAGGAGAAAGGAAGAUCAGCCUGCAGCGCAUAAUACAUCGCUGUAGGUCAGAGGUUUUAGCCUAAGUUCUGCCAAGCGAUAGUUACUCGACAUUGUUCAUAUUCUAUUCACCAUAGCAACACACACCAGUUCUGCUCAACGAUUACUUUUUACAUUGUUUGUUAUAUUUGUAUAUUGUUACGUUUAUACACGUCUAUGUUAUAUUUAUAUUGGUAAGUGUUAUACAGAGAAAUAAAAAGUGCGAGUCUUUUCUCGA